AAGGUAGACCAGACAGUUGGCUUGCGCUGUUGAAAGUUGCGGGGUUUUGGUAAAGGGACGAUACAAAGGCCACCAUCAUUUGGAAAUCCUGCCUCAGGCCAGCUCCUCCCUCUCUCUCUCUCUCUCUCUCUCUCUCUCUCUGAUGCUCUUCUUCUCAACCGUAGGCAAAAUUUCCAAGCAUCAUGACUUCAAAAUCCCGACAUUUUUCGUCGGAAAUGGCAUAUAGGAGCACACCUACCACGCCUACGUCCUUGUCGAGAAUUGGUGGCAGAAUCUCGAAAUUGUCUCUUGAUGUUGAAUCGGGUUCUUCUCAUGGAAGAUCGUCGAUAGAUCGAUCACCCAUAAGAUUGUCCUUGGAUCGGUCACCCAGACUUGGAGAACGCAAAUCUUCAAAAAUCAGCACCACCCACUCGGUUUCUGAGUUUUCCCGGAGACCUUCCAUUUCUUCACCCCAUCAUCUCAAAUUGGUUUUGACGGGUGACUCGAUUUUGGUGGAAACUCCGACUCUGCAGAAAAGGGUCGUCACUAGGGGAACAACAGAAUUGCAGCAUCAACUGGGACAGGCUCAGGUGGAUUUGAAGAAGGCCACUGAUCAGCUGAUGGUCGCGGAGGACGCGAAAUCUCGAGCUCUGGAUGAGCUUAAGGAGAUGAAGAAAAUGGCCGAGGAGGCGAACUCGAGGCUCACCGAGGCUCUCUUUGCUCAGAGGCGAGCAGAGGAGAUAUCUGAGGUCGAGAGAUUUCGGGUCGACGAAUUGGAGCAAGCGAACAUCGAGGCUGCCCAGAAGAGGGACGAAGCAUGGCAGUCCGAGAUGGAGGCGGUUCAGAAGCAACGGUCUUUGGAUGCCACAGCAUUGCUUGCAGCUCGGGAGGAGCUGGAGAGGGUGAGCAGAGAGCUGUCUGCGGCAUCAGAAGUCAAGAAAUUGGCACUCGAGCAGGCUGAUAAUGCUCAGAAGACCGCCAUUUCGAAUGCGAAGAAAAUUGAGGAUCUAUCGUCUGCGCUAGCCUCGCUAAAAGAAUCUCUGACUUUUUCAUCUGCUUUCGAGCGGGAGAAUGAAAUGGGAGGCUCCAAAUGGGAGGCAGAGGCAAGAGAAUCAUCUGAAUUGGCUGCUGAAUCGAGAUUAGUUAUCGAGUCGCUGAGGAAGGGGAUCGAGAGAGCGAAGGAAGUUGAGUCUAUGUUAAGAGAAAGGGAAGAAUUGCUGGAGAAACUGAAUUUGGAGCUUAGUAGUACAAGAGAUUCCGAAUUCCAGGCAUCAAGUUCGCUAUUGGAGAGUAAGAAGAUAAUUGAGAAGCUGGAGAGGGAAAUUCAGAUAACGAAAGCAUCCAAGGACGGAGCAUUUGAAUCGAUGGAGUCAAUAACAAAGCAGUUAGAGGAAGCAAAGAUGUCUCUUGAAGAAACUAAGCUUGAAAUAUCUUCUCUAAGGGAGAAGAUGCAAGCAAUGGAGGCAUCAGUCAGGCAGAGCAGUGAUGAUCUCGAAGAUUCGCACAGAAGUGCCGAGAAAGGCAAGAUUGGACUUCAUGGCAUGGGUGAAACCAUUGAAUCACUCAAGCUGGAGCUAGAAAACGCGCAGAAGGAUCUUUCGCUCACACGAGAGAGAGAGGAGUUGGCCAUUUCAAACAUGGAGGAUCUUGCAGAAGAAGCAAGCUCGCUGCGCAAUGAGCUUCGGUCGGUGAGGAAAGCGGAAGAGAAGAGCAAGCAGGCUCUGGACGAUCUAGCAAUUGCACUCAAAGAAGUCACGACGGAAGCUAAUCAAGUGAAGGACGAACUUCUGUCUGCUCAAGCAGAAUUGGAGAACUUGAAGGCUGAAGCAGAGCGCUACAAAAGAAACGUCAGCAGCACAGAAGAUGUUCUUCAGUUGGAAUUAGAGAAAGCAACCAAGGAAAUUGAACGAUUGAAAGAGAUCGCUGAAAGAGCCAAGUUAGAUGCGGAGCAUGCUGCUUCUAUUUGGAAGGAGAAGGAAAUCGGGUUUAUUAACUGCAUUAAGGUAUCAAAAGAGGAGAUUGCCAUCAAGGAAGAGGCGAACGAGGAAUUAAGGAUUUCUCUCUGGAAAGCAGAGGAAGAAGCAAGAGAAGCACAAGAGGAGAAACGUAGACUCGUGGACUCUGUGAAACAAGCAGAGGCAGACGUGAGUUCUGUAAGGGAAUCGUUGGAGCUUGUCAGCGUCGAGAAUUUGCGGCUCAGGGAUAGAUUAUCGAAGGUUGAGAGGGAGUUGGAGAAAAAAAAUCAUGAAAAUGAAUAUCUGAGGAACAGUGAAGCAGCAGCCGCUGAGGAAGUCGACAGAUUGACAAGGUUGCUGGAAGCAGCAUCAGCAAAAGCCCUUUUUGAGAACAAGACAAGGUCGCCCGGUGAAUCCGACUAUGGGAGGGCAUCGGUUGAUGAAUAUAAAGCAUCAGCUGAAGAAAUUUAUGAUGCUCAACACAUCCUUUCGCGGUCAGAUGAGAAGACGAACUCUGCUCAUCUCAUUACUCUUGUGCUGGAGAAUUCAAAUGUCGGUUCUGCGACUAAGGAACCAAUCUCCCAUCCAGUAAAUAUGAAUGGUUCUGUUAAUAUAGCCAAACAGCAAAAUGUUCAACCUCAAUAUGAACCAAUUGACAAGAUGUCAGUGUUGAGAGCACCAUCACCUACAAGGUUGGAUGACGCUGAGACCCUGAAUUCUGAUGAAUAUGAUCACGUCGAUGGUCACCAGUUGGAAGAGGUGGAAGCCCACACAGUCUCUCCUGCCAGACAGAAAAAGAAAAAGCCACUGCUCCACAGGUUCGGAAAUCUACUGAAGAAGAAAAACCAUAAAUAAAUUUCCCAGAUACGUGGGAAUUGGAUUGGUGAGGUUACUUUCUAUUCAAUCAUAUUGUCCCUUUACAAGUUUGUUCUGAUUUCUGAGAGAAAUACCGCAAGUGAAUAUCAUACUUUGUUGUACAUGACAUGGAAUAGUCAUCGCUGUAGUAUGUUGGCACGGUAAAAUCUGAAAAUAGAGGCCAUUGAUGACAGUCUCUUGUGCUCUUCUUCUAGGAUUACACUUUUCGGGAGAAAUUCUUUGGAGAUGAAAUAUUGCUUGCCGAGCGAUAUUCUUUGAUGUUGCCAUUUCUGAACACGCGAACAUAUAUGUUGCCGCAGUAAGAUUCCGACUUUGCUGUCGGUGAGUGAUCUUUGCAUGGGGAAGAGUCCCUGGUGGCGUAAAUCUGCAGUUUGAAAGUGAGGUUCUACAAAGGCAGAUCUAUUUGCAAUUGGUGAAUCUCUUCUGCCUGCUGACACCAGUACUGUCACAAAGAUCAUGCUGGAUCAUCAAUCUAUUUUAAGAGAGGGAGACUUUUGGUGUGGAAAUUGGUAUGUAUAAUUUGUUAUUACAUUAUCAGAACGAUAUGCUGCUGGGAAUAUGGUCUUCCAUCUCCUAUUGUGAGUUGAUCAAAUGAAAAGUGAUGUGUAUGAACAUUUUAGCUUCAAGGGAAAGACGACGGCGAGAUGCAGUAAAUUAUAAACUGGUGGGCAAUGAAGCAUGUCAAUGCCUGUCUCUUGCUUUCUCACAAUGCUUUGAUUAAGCCCAUCUUUUCCUCAACUGUCAGAUUUUCAGUCCCAUUUUCAUGGCCACUGUAAAUUCUGGCACCCGAAAUUUAUUAAUAUGUGAAAUUCGUAAUUAUGCUGGUCCAUUUGAAAGCAGCUUCGCAUGCUAUCAUUAUC